AUGGCGACAAUGUUAUUGUCCUUUUACUCUCUCCACGGUGGUGUUUUUCAUUGCUCAUAUCCGUUAAAGAAAAAAAUUCAAUCUUACAAUAAUGAUGAUCAUAAAACAUCCCCCGAAGAAAAAAUUCUAUCUGAUAAUGACGAAUUUAUUUCAAAUUUUACAUCUGUCAAUUUAACUUUCUCAUCUAUCCCAUCUAUCAGUGUAGAUUUAUCAUCUAUUAACGACGUUAUCUCUGGUACCAAGGAAUUCUUUUCAAACAUCACUGAAUCCAUCAAAGAUUUUGUAAAUGAGCAUAAAACUAUAAACUAUAUUGUAAUCGCAGUUAUUAUCGGAGUAUUAGUUGGGAUCUUUGCACUAGGGACUUUUUUGGCGAUAAUUCGUUGUAUUGGGUUUAAAAUAGGAGUCCUUAAUGGUUCUUUAGCAGCAUCAAUGAUGUCUAUUCUCGGAACCGCAGCAGGGAGCAUCGUCCCAAUUUUACAAUCUAUCGGUGCUGCAGGUCUCAGUGUUCUAACUCUUAUUGGAUUUCCUAUAUUUUGUCAUUGUUGUAUUUUAUCUAUUUUAAGUUAUCAAACCAAUGAUCGUGAUUGGAUAAAAUCUGUACUUUUCGAAUCAGCCCCAUAUGAAAACACCAUCUAG